CUAUCUGCCUUCAAAGUAUAGAGAAGAACAUCACUGCAACUCCCGUCUGCUUCUGCUCCACAGCGUAGCUAGGAUGACGGACAACACCACCACUACCGGUCGAGACGGUACUGUGUUACAUCCCCACCUCCAACCCUCAAUCAACCCAAUCUCUAACACCCCCACCCCUAGGCCGCUCAACCUCCCUCUCCGCCAUCGCAGGCCCAGACACCAUGGCCCUCACCCACGACUCCGACAUCAACACCACCACCACCACACGAUCCCUCACGACCUCGCCCUCCAAAGACCGCCGCAUGAGCAAAGAAUGGGACGCCGCCAAGGUCCCGCCAUCGCGGUUCCAGCGGCGCGAGGGCAGCAUCUACAGCACGCCGGCGAGUCGGGAUGCACAUGUCAAGGGGGCCGAGAGGGAUAAGGGGUAUUGGGAGAAGUUGAGGGAGAAGGGGUGGGCGGGGAGGCGGAAGUCGUAGGUUUGUUUGUAGGUCGGGUAUUUAUGGGGAGUUAAGGGGAUGGAGGAGCUGCAAGUAUAUGUAUAUGUAUGAAUAUGUGGUGGGCUUGUGGGAGGGUAGGGUAUGAUGUCCUGAAUAUGCUAUCUCUUUCUUUCUACUCUGUUUGCUUCUGAAACUGUACGGUUUGUUCUUUGGAAUGGAGAUGUAGUGGAUUGGUGUGCGAUGGUCUAUGAUAACGAUGCCUUGGUGUAAUGCAGAGCUGGAGGCAUGUAGUGAAGAUAGCGUGUUGCUGGGUCCACUUAGUUUCCGCACCGUGGACGUGGACGGGGCCAAUUGGGUCGAGGACAGCGAGGAAGGAUCAUAUUUAAGCACUGCAACCUUGGAGGGGAAGGAUUACG